AUGUCAACCGCUCAAUCCCCGGUGGCUAUAGACCACUCCUUCGAUACAGAGUCCCAAAAUGAGCAGCCUCGAGAUCUCAACGAAUCCCAAGCCAACAAGGAUAAGGCCGAAGCCCAGAUCGACGCUUACCUAUCCGGCUCAGACAGUCGAGCGACGGACACUGCAGGUAUCCAGCGUCGGACUCUAGAGUGCCAAGCCCUUUUCGAGACAUGUCAGAAAAACUCUCAUCUUUCUGGAGAUGACUGGAUCGACAAGAUGUCAGCUGAGUUCAACUGGUGGUCUCUGGGUAUUGGGGCAGCGAAAGGAGGACAUUCCUCGUUGGAUUAUCGCGUGCAGACCCGGGACGACGUGCGUAAUGUUUUAGUCAAUCUUCUCGACAGUUUAGCCACAUCAUUAGCGAAGUACAUUGAUGCAGCAUCCGAAUCCUGCUCCACCUCCACCCUGACAGUCACUCCGGCACCAGACAACGAUUUGCAGGGGUCAACAGCACAUGGCCCAGAGUCACAACCCUCCGAGGAUGGUUCAAUGAUUGAUGAGCAGAGAUACUAUAUCGAAACGACAAUCCGAUUCCUAUCACAGAUUUCUAUGGCCAUCCGCAAGUCGGGGACCAAAUUUAGACACCAGCGGGUCGAUAAACUUCUCGCCGCUCGGGAACCAGAACUGAAGGAAUUCAGGGACUAUAUGAGAUACUUCCUUUUGAUGAGCCCUCCAAAGGUUCACACCUUGCAUGGAAUCUUGCAUCAGCACUCUCUGACAGACGACCCAACCUGGAAGAUCCUGUGGAUCACUCUCAAGGCCUACUUCACGGAUAUUCAACGCCUGACUCCAGUGCAGAGUCGGCUCAUAAAGGCAAACUUGCGAGACGAAAGGAUACCCGUCCAGCCUCUGGGGACCGAGGGCUCUCAGCGAUCUUCGCAGUCGGCCACCAAGAUCGGCAGUUUCGUCAUGCCUCAGCGCCCUCAAGAACUGAAAGCCAGAUCUAUCAGCACAAAAUUAUCUCAAGGAGUCCUCAAACAGGACUACCCAAAGUGCCCGGGAACUGAGGGUGAAAGCUUCUGGUGCCCGUACUGCGCCCAACUGCUGGAUUCUUCAUAUUCUGAUUCGAAGAAGAACAAACGUUGGCGCGGUCAUGUAGUCGAAGAUUUGAGCCCUUAUGUGUGCGUGUAUGAGGACUGUGACAGCCCUGACGCCAUGUAUGUCACAACGCUUGAAUGGAAGAAGCACAUCCGAGAAAGACACUCUCGAGCCCAGUGGAUUUGCGAUCCUUGCUGGCUAGAAUCCGAGUGUCCUGAAGAAUUCCAGUUCGAUACUGAAGAGGAAUGGCACAAGCAUACUCUGGCAGAACACGAGGAUGAGGUGGAAGAGGACGACUUGCCGGACCUUGCUGAACUCAGCCAGCGUACAGGGGUCCCCCCUAUCGCGUGUCCAUUGUGUUACGAGGACGCGUCUCUUCGAAACCCUGAGACUGACAAACAUUUGGCUGAGCAUCUUCACUCUUUCGCUCUCCAAGCUCUACCGUGGGAGGUGACGGGAUGCGAUGUUGAAACACAAGUCUCUAUGGGAUCAGAUAUCAGGAAGUCCCAUGACUCGGGAGAUAUCGAAGAGUCAACACCCGACAAACAUCAAGAAGCUGACGACGAGAUUGCAGGUUGUCAAACCCUCUUGACGACCAUCAUCAGUCGUUCCCGAGCAGGCAUUUAUGUGAGCAGGGAUAGUCUUUUAGACUUGCUGACAGAGAUGGGAGACUGCCUUGAGGACCUAUCCGCACGUUUGAGCGACUCCAACCCCUCGCUUAGGUUUGAGAUCUCGUCUUGCGUAGCACGCCUGGGAAGUAUUUUACAAAGGAGCCAAGACAAAUCCAUUGAUUUCCUAAAAUCGUCCUCCAUUGACCCCUUUGAGCAAGACCUUGCCGAAGGCUUCAGGUCUCUACAACACUUGGCGGGGCUUUCACUAGUCGACUCUCUGGAAGCAUACAACAUUCAUGGGCCGAGAAUGAUGGGCUACUUGGAAACUUCCGAAGCUGUUGAAACUGCCAGAUCUGACAAAGCCCGAGAUCCUGAGAAUUGGGAUAUAGACAGCAGCGAUGGUGUCCAUGUUGAUGCUCCCUCUGUCAAGCGCAUCAUUCCAUACGAGCGGAACAAGGGAUUCAUUGCUCGACCAGAACUCUCCGAGAAGAUUUUUGGCAUCAUUCCUACUUCAUACCAGUUCCAGAGCGGGGCACUAUGGGGCGUGGGUGGGAGCGGUAAAACUCAACUAGCCCUAGAAUACGCAUAUGCCCGUUGCAAGGACCCCAACUGCUAUGUCUUUUGGGUGCGUGCUGACAAUGCGGCAACGUUCACGGCAGAUUACCGUCUAAUCGCCAAAGAACUUGGGGUUGAACAACACCUCAAAGGUGAUGACCUGCUUGCUGCAGUCUGCAGCAGUAUCGAGGCCCACCAACCAUGGGUACUCAUUCUCGAUGGUGCAGAUGAUUUGCUGCUGUUCAACAGGAAAGAAGAUUCGGAGUACUUUAACAGCCUGUUUGAUUUUGUCCCCAAAGGGCCGAGGGGGGCUGUUCUCUGGACGACCCGCGAUUCGAACGUUUGGUGGUUGAUCCCCAAACCCCUCCGCUGCCUCGAGAUUACUAGUAUGAAACCUGCUGAAGCCAGGAAGCUCUUCGCGUCAACAAGAGGCCAGAUGGCCAGGCACCAAGAGACCGCGGACAUGAGAGUUGAAACACAUCGUUUAUUGGACCAGUUGCAGUAUCGUCCACUCGCCAUUGUACAGGCCGGAUCAUACAUGCGGCAUACCGAUACAUCUAUCCACGACUAUAUGACUCUGCUUGGAGAGAACAGGCAGCGAUCAAGAUUUGUUGUGUCUGCAUGGAGCGUUGGCGUUGUUCUUUUUACUUCAGCCAUCUCGCUUGAUUGGAUCCGCCAGCAGAACAGAGAUGCACAUGAGAUGGUUCAUGCCCUUGCCUACCUAGACAACCGCGACAUAACACUCGCCUUGUUGAGGGAACUCAUCAGGGAUACGGAGGACGCUACCAACAGGGAAGAUUCCCAGAGACUAUCAAGAGCUAUGCAGGAAUUGGCAACAUUGCAUCUCAUCUCACCAGCAGGCAGCGGAUGUCAAGGUUUUGAAAUGCAUCCAAUUGUGCAGGACGCUGUGCGAGACUGUCAUGAUGAUACAAGACCGGCUUCCUGGUCCAUCUUUCUCGCAAGAGCCCUGAGCCUGGCAAUAAGACUUUUCUCCGUGAACCACGCUGUGAGUGUAUGCAAGCGGGCAGAAACAGGGGCAAGAGAAAGUGAAGCUACUGCUCUCCUUCGUCAAGUGUCGAGGCUUCUUGAUGACGAAGAGCGGUGGCUCGAGAAAGAGUCCGUGGAUAAACGAGUCCUGGAGCUCCAAGAGAGGGUGCUUGGUAAAUCGCACCCUGAAACCAUCAGCAGCUCCAUGUCACUUGCGGCAACAUUCUUUCAACAGGGCCGUUCCGACAAGGCCAUGGAGCUAGCCAUCAGAGCCCUGGAGAUGCGACACAACACAUGGGGGGGAAGGAACCCAUACACCAUGAAGAGCAAGGUGGCGAUCGGGAUGAUAUUCCACCAACAGGGACUAUACCAUGAAGCCGAGGCCACCUACUGUGAGGUGUUGAAUCUCCAGACCCAGGGAUCCGGGCUGGAAAUGGAGACCCGGCCUUAUGUUAUUGACUGCCUCGCCUGGACCUACUACGUCCAAGGCCGUUACGAAGAAGCCGAGGCCCACUUGGAUAGUGCAUGGUCCUUGCAUCGGGAAUUUCACGGCGACCAACAUCCAGAUACGCUACAGGCCCUUCACCAGCUUGCCGUUAUUGUCCAUAUGAAUGGCCAUCCUGACAGGGGGCUCGAGUUGAUGCAGACCUGCGUGGAAUCAAGACGCGAGGUUUUGGGGUAUGCUCACCCAUUGACGAAUGUAUCUACAUUGCUUCUUGAAGAGUGGAAGACAGGGGAGAAAAGUUCACAAGCUGUUGAGUAG